AUGCUUCAGCUCAUGACUUGGGCUAAUCAUGUCCCCCUUCAACAUUCAGUCGGCUUUUUUCGUAUCCGCAGCCACCUAGCACGGUCAGAAACUGAGCUCCUUGAUUUGUAUACCUGCAAGUUUGUCAGCCAAGACUACUUCGCGGCGAACUUGGGGAUCAGAUAUGAUUUUCUUGCAAGUACAAUGCAGCUGUCAGUGAAAAGUGAAAACUAUCUGAGGCACUGCCUGAAGCUGUUUCUUGUCAAAGACUCUGACCAGAUUGCAGGUGACUUGGGGUGCUUUGCUUCUCACAAAGAGCGGACAGGAUAG